CCACUGGUGACGUGUUAUUUCUAAGUAUGACAUUCAUGCGAAGACUCCCAAGGCCAAGACAACCUCUUCCUAGGUACAUGUAGCUGUAUCUUAUGUAAAUAUACCUAUCUUAUGUGAAUACUUGAACCCGAAAGAUAUAAACGUUGGCGAUUUAUUCCUCAAUUUUCCCUUACGAAAGGCAAUUUCUCAAAUCUGUCUCCUUUGAUCCAGUUACCUAUAUUUUCCAUUCUCACAGCUUAGUCCGCUCAGAUAAUUCAUAAGUAUAAUCGAAAAUGUCGUCCCCCAGUCCCUCAGGAUCCGGAUCUAAGUCCCGCCAGGGCCGUCGCCGCAGCCGUAACCAAUCCCGACGACAGGAGGCCACUGCACCACAGCCAGAACCGCAGAACCAGCGGUAUUCGGAAGAGGACGAAAGCGCCGAAAACGCCGAAGCGGCACCUCAACCACAACGACGACGACGCCAGCGCAAUCAGCAGACGCAGCAGCAACAGCAAAGUGGAGGGCCGCUCGGUGGCAUUGGCGGAGGUGGUAUUGGUGGCGUUGAUCAACUGCUCCCCGUCAACAACGUCGGCGAAACCGCAAACAACCUGACGAACUCGGCGACUGGUACACUUGGCAACGUUGCUGGUGGUGCACUCAAUCAGGGCGGCGGUGAUGGCGGAGGUAAAUCCGACACUCUACGUCUCAGGCUUGACCUCAAUCUUGAGGUUGAGGUCACAUUAAAAGCGAGGAUCCACGGCGAUCUAGAGUUAGCUUUGCUGGACACUGCUUGAACAUGACGGAAAAAAGUUUUGAACAUUGUAUUUUGGUUGUUUGGAUUUGGGAAGAAAAAAAAGACUGCCGCAUACGAAUAGAACGCCCGAGAUGACUAUAUGUAUACAUAUCUCCGAUGAUUUAAAUGUCUCAUGUAUACCAAUCAUGGUUUUUGUCAACUACUGUUAGUAGAACUUGCU